GCCAGGCUGGUCACGAGCCUAGUUGGAUACAUGAAGCCGCACUACAGCCGCGCAUCCAGUCAAAAUUUCAUUCAAAACAACGAGGGUGACAUGACAUUGUUGAUAGAGAAACUAUGACACGAGUCUAGUCAUAAGUAAGAGCCGGCCAGUAGAGAAAUAUGAACUGUACCUCAGCGCUCAGCGUUGUAGACCAGCCACUGGGCGACAAACCAUAGCGAAUCUAGCAAUGACACAACACGCAACAAGAGACAUAAGCGGAUCAACACCAUCACCCCAGAAAGUCUGGAAGGCCAUAAGAAGCAAAGACUUACCUCGCAUAAUAAGAGGCUUCCUAUGGAAGAACCUACAUGGCGGAUACAAAAUCGGAGACUCUGGAACCUAAUCCCGAAUUAUGAACAGAGAGGAAAAUGCGGCCUAUGUGGGGAAAUUGAAUCCAUGGAACACAUUCUACUCAAAUGUGAAGCUUUGAAGACUCGCUAGCUAUCAAAGUUAUCUGGAAACUAGCCGAAGACCCAUGGCGGAAACGCGAACAAAACUGGCCGGAGAUAAAAUAUGGAACCAUCCUUGGCAGUGCCGGGCCCUAGCCUGUUUUAAGAAUCAAAA